AUGUCGUCCACUGAUGCUACGUUCUCCCAAGGUAUUGGGUAUGGUUUGAUUAUUGGUUUGGGGUUAGCCUUUGCUGCUAUCAUGUUGAUUGUAUCUAAAUUAUUGGAAAAAUUCUUUAAUGAAGUUCAAGAUUCCGAAAUGUUGAUGACAGCUAAGAGAAGUAUUUCUCUGUAUGGUCUUUUGUCUGCUAGUAUUGUAAGUUCGUGGACCAUGGGACUGACAUUGUUAUUAUCUACAACCACUGCUUAUUUGAAUGGUGUCUCGUCAGCUUAUUGGUAUGGUGCUGGUGCAUGUGUUCAAAUUAUUAUAUUCUCAUGUAUGGCGUUAGAGAUGAAAAGAAAGGCUCCUAAUUGUCAUACUUAUCAAGAAAUUGUUGCUGUUAGAUAUAGUAGUCAUACCCAUAUAAUUGCUCUCGCUUAUUCAUUGAUUCAAAUGAUAACUUUGACAGUUAACUUAUUAAUCAAUGGUCUGUCAAUUUUUGCUAAUAUUACAGGAAUGAAUCGUGAUGCUGCAAUUUGCUUGUUUCCAAUCGGUGUUAUUAUCUAUACAUUAGUUGGUGGUAUUAAGGCCACAUUCUUAACUGAUUGGUCGCAUACUGUUAUUAUUUUUGCAAUCUUGCUUAUGUUUAUGUUUAAUACAUAUGCCACUAAUGAGCAUAUAGGUUCACCAGCAGUAUUAUAUGACUUGUUAACCGAAACAGCACAAAGAAGACCAAUCGAGGGAAAUGCUGAUGGUAGUUUGAUGACGCUAAGUUCUGUGCAAGGAGGAUUAUUUGGUUUAGUAUUGUUUGGAGCUGGUUGGGCUGGUUCUGUUGAUUCCCAAUUAUUCCAAAAGGCUAUUGCAGCCGCACCUGAAAAAGUCAGUUUAUCAUAUAUCUUAGGUUCUAUUGCUUGGUUCUCGAUUCCAUUUUGUUUAGCUACUACUCUUGGAUUAGCUGCUGCUGGUAUUGAAACUAAAGAAUAUUUCCCCACAUAUCCUAAUUUAAUGACUGAGCAACAAAUUGCAGAUGGAUUGGUUAUGCCCUUUGCAGCAGCAGCUUUAAUGGGUAAGGGAGGUCUUGGAGCUGUUUUAACCAUGAUUUUCAUGGCUGUUACUGCUGUGUAUUCUUCAGAAACUAUUGCCGUCUCAGCAUUAGUAACUCAUGAUAUUUACAAACGUUACUUUGAUGCUGAAGCAAAGGGUAAGAAAUUAGUAUUUGUGUCCCACGCUGUCGUUAUUGCAUUUGGGUUUAUCACCAUUGGAUUAGCUAUUGGAUUAGCUCAUGCAGGUUUUGAUGUAUCAUUCAUUACUACCGUUUGUGGUAUUGUUGUCGGGGUUAAUGUUUUCCCAAUGAUGGCUACAUUAUUUUGGUCUAAAAUGAGUAGUUUUGCUUAUAGCGUGGGAACUGUUUUAUCAACUUGUAUUUCAGUCCUGGUCUGGAUUGGAUAUACCCUUCAUCAAUCAGGGACGGUCAAUUUAACUACAUUGUCUACAAAUGAAGCAUUGGCUGCUGGAAAUACUAUGGGAGUUUGUGUUCCAUUAGUUAUAGUUCCUAUUCUUGUUUGGAUUAAGCCUGAUAAUUUUGAUUGGAGUAGAUGGUUAAAAGAAAUUAAACAAGAUGAUAAUGUUAAAUUUGAUGAAGAACAUCAUUUAGAAGCAGUGUUAAGUGCUGAACAAAAUACUCAGUUUGAACUUGAUAAGAAUGAACAUUUAGUUGGAACAUUAUUAAGACAACGUAAAUAUGCAUUUAUUGCUACUGUUAUAUUUGUAUUAUUCUUUUUAGUAUUAUUUCCCUUACCAUUAUAUGGAUCUAAAUAUGUUUUCAGUAAAACUUUCUUUAGAGGAUGGAUUGUUGUCAUGUUUAUUUGGGGUUUUAUUGGAUCAUUUGUGGUGAUUGUAUUACCAUUAUGGGAAGUUAGAACUACAAUUAAGACAUUAUUUAACAUUAUAACUGGCAAAGAAUUGAAACCAGAAGGUGAUAUUAAUUUUGUGGGAUCCAGAGCCAAUUCAUUCACUUCAUCCAUUAGAAAAGAUGAAAAGUAUGAAAUUAAAGUGAUUUGA